AUGACACUCAUCAUGACCGCCCAACCCAACCCCGCGAGCGCAAGCGCAAGCGUAACCUCAAGCCCAUCACCAUCCCAAGUUGAAAUCCUGAUUCUCGGCGCGGGCUGGACAUCCACCUUCCUGAUCCCGCUCCUCGCCGCGCAGAAGAUCAGCCACGCCGCCACCACCACCACCGGCCGCGACGGGACCUACCGGUUCAAGUUUACGUUUCCCCCCUCUUCGUCCCCGGACCGGGACGACGACGACGAGGGUGGUGACGGCGCACAGUACCGCGCCCUGCCCACCGCAAAGACGGUGCUCAUCACGUUCCCGCUCCGGGGCGCCGCGCAGACGGCGGCCCUCGUGGACGCGUACGUGCACAGCCACAGCCAUGUCAGCGUCAACUUCGUGCAGCUGGGCAGUACGGGCAUCUGGACGGUGCCUGGGCAGGAGCGGUGGGUGACACGGCGGAGCCGGUACGACGCUGCGGAUGCGCGGGGCCAGGCGGAGGACGAGCUGCUGCGGCGGGGGGGCUCGGUGCUGGACCUGGCGGGUCUGUGGGGGGGCGAGCGGAACGCGAUCCACUGGAUUGACCGCGUGGCGCCGACGAAGGAGGUGUUGAAGGGGAAGGGCAGUCUGCAUAUGGUGCAUGGAGUCGAUGUCGCGAGGGCGAUUGUGGCUGUGCAUCGGGACUUUGGCAAGGCCGCGGGGGAGAGAUGGAUGUUGACGGAUCUUCAAGUCUAUGACUGGUGGUCCUUGGUCCUGGGCUUUGCGGGUGAGCUGGACGCCCAAAAUGGCAAUGACGAGAGAGCCAAGAAGCAGAUCCAGUGGAUUGGCGAGUUGAUGGAAGAAGAGAAUGUGAGGGCCCUACCUCGAGACAUGGAGACGUUGGGCAGGUGCUAUGAUACGAGGGAGUUCUGGAAGACCUUUGGGAUCAUGCCUACGCGGAGCAGGAUCUCGAGUGUGGUGAUUGGAGGGCAGUACUGA